AUGAAGAAGUGAAGGCAGGAAAAGUUUCUCCAGAGGAAAAAUGCAGGGCUUGUCCUUCACCCUGACGUCAGAUCUGUCUUUAAUAAAAUCCCCAAAGAGCCAAGAGAAAAAGGCAGAGUUCCUAGGCUAGGUUACCAGUUAAGGAUUGCUGUGUGUUCCCGAAAGUGGUGUUUUUGUUCAAAACGGCUCUAAAUCUGGGUUCAAUCAAUGUAUUUAAUCCCGGCUUCCAGGGAUGAGGUGGCUUUUGCCCUGGAUUCUAGCAACAAGCAGCAUUUUGCAGGCCAUUGCCCAGACCUCCACCACCAUGACCUCCACCAUCCCUGCUGCAACAGAGGCCUACACACGGACUCAGUACUGUAAGUGGCCGUGCGAGUGUCCGAAGUCCCCACCUCGGUGCUCAGUAGGAGUCAGCCUUGUCACAGAUGGCUGCGAUUGCUGCAAGAUGUGUGCCAAGCAGCGUGGAGAGAAUUGCACUGAGGCUGAUACCUGUGAUUUUCAUAGGGGCCUGUAUUGUGACUACAGUGGAGACAGACCUAGGUACGAAAUAGGAGUAUGUGCACAGAUUGUCGGUGUAGGAUGUGUCCUCAAUGGAGUCAGAUAUAAUAAUGGGGACACAUUUCAGCCCAACUGCAAAUACAACUGCACAUGCAUUAAUGGGGCCGUGGGCUGCAUUCCCAUGUGCACAAACUCACGCCCGCCCCUUGUCUGGUGCCCGAACCCAAAACUGAUUAAGAUGGCAGGGAAGUGCUGUGAGCAGUGGGUUUGUGAUGACUCCAAGAAAAUCAGGAAGACUUCUCCACGUCACAUCUCUUCUGCAGCAUACGAGGGGGAGGAUGAAGCCUGGCAGAAGAACUGCAUCGUUCACACCUCACCCUGGAGUCCCUGCUCAAAGACCUGCGGGCUGGGCAUCUCCACCAGGAUUUCCAACGACAACGACCAGUGCCGGCUGCUGAAGGAAAGCCGCCUGUGCAACAUGCGGCCCUGCGAGGUGGAUAUCACCAAGCACAUUAAGCCUGGGAAGAAGUGCCUGGCUGUCUACAGGGCCAAUGAACCCAUGAACUACACUAUCUCGGGAUGCGUGAGCAAAAGUCCUUAUAGACCCAAAUAUUGUGGUAUCUGCACAGACAACAGGUGCUGCACACCCUACAAGUCCAAGACUAUUGAAGUGAGGUUUGAGUGCCCAGAUGGAACUGAGAUUUCCUGGAAAAUCAUGUGGAUCAAUGCUUGUUUUUGCAACCUGAACUGCAAGAACCCCAAUGACAUCUUUGCCGACUUGGCUCAUUACCACGAUUACUCUGAAAUUGCUAAUUAAAUUGGCUGAAUGCUGGAAUUGACCCAUUGCUCUGAUUUUACAGAGGUUUUAAAAUAAAAGGAGAAUCUUUCAUCCAAUGCCAAUGUACAAUUUGUUUUUUCCUGAGUUAGGAUGUUAAAUUUCCUUGUUUUGCCACACUGCUUUUAGAGAGGCUUUGAACAAGCAGGGUUUUCAACUCUUAACAGACCUCCAUCCAUUAAGAGUAGCCAGAAAUUCUUCUAAGCAGACUCCAGGACUUAAAUAACAGUCUUGCUGGCACUGGAACUUAUUAGCCCAGCAGUUUCACUGUCCAAAAGAAAGAGCAUUACACUUGUAUGAGAGCAAAAGUAUGGCUGUCAGGAACUUAGACAUGAGCUUGAGACAUCUUUACUAUUGUUUCUUGAAUAAUAUAAUCUAAUAUGAAAAACGAGCAUUAUUAUAUGUAAUUUAUUUUCCCCAUAAUACUUCAGCCUUUGAUGCUAGUGACCCUCUGUACUUGACCUGUUCUCUGUCACACACAGAGAACAGUCCCAGGAAAUUCUCCUCUGUCAUUCUCCCUUAGAUCCCACUACUAUGGAUCCAUGGGAAGACCUUUAGGAGAAGAAUGUUCCUCUGUGCUGUCCCUGUUUCACUGCACUAGUAUAGGUAAAAGAUCCUCUGUGCUCCACACUUCUUGAGCUCCUAUUUAUUUCCUGGGGAAUCUUGUGCCAGAGUUAUUUUCACAGUUUUGCUACCAGCUCUCAUCUUGAACAGCCCGAAUGCUCUGAAUCCAAAAUGGCUACUCCAGAGCUCAUGCCUACAGGACAGAGUCUCUUGCCCACUUACACUUACUCCCAUAGGUCAGUGUUGCAGACCUUGAGGAGAAGCUGUAGAGAGUCAGAUGAGAGAUGAAGAGAAACACCUGUGGUAGAGGAAAGGCAUUACAUGCAUGUGUUAGUCUUCCCAUUAGCUCUGUGGAUGAGUUCAUAUGAAAGUAGAGUUUCUGGCAUAACCAAUGAUACAUCAGUCACAAAUGGAUUGCUUUUUAGAAUAAAAUGAUGUUUAAAGUGGUUUCACACUAGAAUAUUAGGUAAGAGUAAAGCAUAUUCCUGUUGUUACCAUUUCAGACAACACACUUCUUGUCACCAAAGUGUACUGGAGUCAGUUUUUUGAGAGCUAGUUGUAGGUACAGAUCCCAUACACCAUGACCGGUUCACCAACUGCUUCGCUUGAGAGAGCAGAGCAGUAGAAAUACAUUUCUGCAUGGGAAACUUCAGUGUCUGCUUGUGAAUUCACUGGUGACACAGGAGAACCACUGAGUGGACUGGGGCCUGGACCCACAAAGGUCUGAACUUCAGUUGAUAAGCUGUUUGAAAUUAGUCAUUUGUUUUGCUUUAGUUACAAAUAGCAAGUUGUCUGUCUUCAUCCUGAUAAGCUAGAGGAAGCUAGACCAGUUCCCAAGAGACAUCAAUCUUUCUGACUAAUGAUAAAUUAAUGUUUCUUGUGAGUAGGAUGAAAAUAAUGCAAUCUGUAGGUAAAAACAUACAGGAAAAAUGCUGUAAAUCUUCAAAACUCUAAACUUCAAGAGCAGUGUUAUGUACAAGGAUUUGAUGUGUACAUUCUCCCAUAGAGAUAGCAUAUUCCUUAAUCCAAACCUCAACGCAAACUGAAGCUCAACUUUUGCAAGACUGGGCAUGUCACAUUUUAAACAUCAUCUCUUGGAAAAAUGGUCAGUGAGGACAUAAGAAAAGGAGACUUCAGCCAAGAAGUUGGCAAUAUUUUCCAAAAGAUGGAAUGGUUUGCACUGAGGUUCUUGAUAGAGAGGUCAUCCCAGGAACUCAGUAAGAUUCCCUGAAUAUGAUUUGGACCAUGUUCUAGAUUUGGACUAUGUAUAUGUAUAUAUACAUGUGUGUGUGUGUACAUAUAUACAUACAUACAUAUAUGUUUGUGCAUAUCUACAUAGAGGGUGUAUAUGGGAAUAUGUAUAUAUUUGUCUUAUAUACAUGCACACAUAUGAUGCUGCAUGCAAUAUUUUACAUAUUUUAUAUAUGGAACAUUUAUGAACAUGUCCAUGAAUAUAUAUGUAUAUGAUUAUGUAUAUAUAUUCCUAUCAUGAAAUACACGGUGCAUAAAACAGAGUGUGUAUAUAACAUAUUUCCAUGUACAGUAUGUCUUUCUCUCAUACAAGUACAGGUAGAGAAAGAAAAAAUAGGGUGAAUAUACAGACCCAAAGCUAUGGCAGUCAAUACCCUUGCUUAGCUUUGCAAUUAGCUAACAUGUAACCACCACUGCUGCAGUGGCUGAACCACACAGAUUUCAUUGAGAGAUAAAAGAAGCUAUUGUAAGCUAAUGCAUGACCAACAGCUCCAGUGUGUGUUGGCUUUUAGUGAAGUGAAUGCCUAGAAACCACAGAUCUCCCCCUAAAAACCCAAGAUGUUUCUGUUUCUGUCAUGGUUUCCUAAGGGAACAAGGCAUAUGCAUUUGUUUAUCUAUUAGUCACUCCGUUGGUAGCAAAUGUCAAACGAAGUAGACAGAAGAGUAAAGAUCUGAGAAGCAUUCUCUUUCCUGAAAUAAAAAAAGAAAUGAGACAGCAGGGAAGAGGAGAGGACCAGCACAUUGCUCCUACCACACUUGUAC